AUGAUGGUCUCGCCUGAUCUAGACCAGGACAUCUCUCCUAUCCCCCGGUCUCGGGAGGAGAAUCAAGAGCGAGCCUUUAUUGCUGCUUCGCGGCGAAAAGAUCGCAGUCUGGAUGCGCGGCUGGAAUCUGCCAACCGGGCGUCGAUGCUGCACAAGAAGCGCACCGGCAAGGCAUUCCACAUCACCAAGGAGAUUGUUGAGAAAGAAGCCAUGUACGAAGAGGUCGACGAGCGCUACCAAGAGAAGCGGAUUCGCAUGCUGCAAGCACAGAACAUGCAGAUCGAAGAGCAAUUCCACCGCCACCUGCUGGCUGCCUUUGCAGCCCGAGCCAACUCUGGAUCAACAGCGUCUUCUAUUGCCAGCCGCCGUGCCAGCAUCACCCCGCGUGCAUCCGUUGAUGGCGGCUCCUCACGUAAGAUGAGCCUGGACCUGUCGAAUCUGCGGUCUCCGUUCCCCCGAGGGAUGGACUCCAACUCGAUGACCAGCCCCAUGACUACUGGCGGGGGCUACAUGCUGUCGCCCACAACGACAUUUGACUCUAAUGCCCAGUCGUACAUGAACUGCAUGGACAACUCUCAUAGCUUUCACUCCAACAUGGCUACAACCGCAACCUCAUCGGCUCAAAUCCCGGCCUAUGUUGCGCAGACCCCUGCCCCCACUUGGAACCCACAAAUGGGUCCAUCCUGGGCCCAUAUGCAACACCAACACCAGAUCCCCACCCCCAACCAGACGCCCACCGACUCGCAAGCCGUGCACAUUUGGCAACAGCAAAUGAUGCAACAAGCCCAGAUGCCCACCGACGCUGCCACCACCAUCCAGAUGCGACAAUUCCGAGACCGACUCGCUUCCGCGCCGGAAAUGCCUGUGCAGCACAUCGCCCCGCCGGCCGCCCCGGCCGCGUCCAUAUCCGGCCCCAGCGGUGGCCUCGGCCACUCCCGCGGCCAGUCCCAGCCUAGCACCAACUUUCACAACCUGCAUCUCCUCACCCAGAGCACACAUCUAGCCCAGAUGGCUCCGUCGAGCACCAGCUCGCCCCGGAUCGAAGCGCUAUCUGCGGAGACUCAGUCUACACCCGACUUCUGCCCGACUCCCCACACCCCUCUGUCUCCGACUGCCCUGAGCACGGCACAGGGCGUGCCCGUGGUCAAGCAAGAAGGGGACGGGGUGAUGGUCUCCCAUGAAGAGCUGGACCCCGACUACAAUGAGUUCAGUCAGUUCGCCUUGGGACUCGGGGGCAACUCCUCCCUGCAGGAGAGGGAGCCUUUCGGGUUCGAUGAGUUCGUCGCGCUGGAUGAUUUUGGUACCGUCUCCUGCUAA